AUGAUCUCGCAAGUGACGGCCCUUCAUCUGUUCGUCGCCAGAGCCAACUACAACAGCCGUCUCGAGCUCAUCUCGGUUCGGAACUCGCGUUGGUCGAACUGGCUCUUGAGGUCUUACCCACUCCCCGCCUUGCCGUGCCAGCCCUGCUUCAAAGACGCCAUGAGAGAGGGCAAGGAGUGCGACUGUGUCCGUGACGCUUCCUUCAGGAAGUGUCGUCGUUGCCAAAAGCAUGGCAAACCUUGUUUGAAGAUUCCGUUGCAGGUGCGUCGCCGGGCAGCCGCCUUCGCCGCGACGGCUCCGGCCGAUCGCGACAAGGAGGCCUGCAAGUUGUUCAAUGAGGAGUUGAAAGUCGUUACGGGUUUCUUGGAGGACCAGGAGGUUCCCCACUUGUUGCGGUCCCUAAACCGCAACAUCUUUCGCCUCCUCGGCGUUGUGAGUGCUGUUGCCGGGCUUCCCGUUCCUGCUCCGGAGGAGGAGAUCGAGUUGGAGAUGUACGAGGGUGCGGUGGAUGAUAAGUAG